AUCCUGUCCUGGCGACGAAACUAUACCUAAUGCUGGCUGAAGAGCAGCAUCAGCAACCAACAGCAGUUAGCUGAGUUAUCCUAGAGAGUUGGAUGUUUUUUAAGUGUUAUGAACUUGUGUGUUGUGUUUUGUAGUUUUUUAAUGGAUUUUUUCUAACAACUGUUGUAGGAAAUUGGUGGAAAAUUGUGCGGGUUGAAGGUGGGUUUUCGGUGAAAUAGUUGGUCCAGCACUGGGUGCCGCAAAAAUUUGGCGAAAAAGUGGGAGCGAUUCUAGUUGUGGUUCUAGUAAAGUACUAGUUAUUAUAAAAGAAGUGGGCCAUAGUUAUUUUUGUUGAAAUAGUGAUUCAGUGAAACUAAAAUUGUGUGUACCGAUGAAAAUGCCCGACCACGAUAUCGAAAUAAUAACAAGUGAGCAGCUGCACGGCGAGCUGCGGAAGUCUCACAAGAAUUUUAUCAUCCUCGAUUGCCGCAGCUCGAAUGAGUUCACCGAGAGUCACAUCCGUACCGCGGUGAACUUUAGCAUUCCGAGCAUAAUGCUGCGGCGGUUUGCCGCCGGAAAGAUCGACAUCACGUCGACGAUCAAGUGUCGGGAUCUGAAGGAAAGGAUACUGUCCUGCUACAAGGAGAGUACAUUCGUCCUAUACAACAACAGCAACGAUGUGGUGAUCAACGAUCCUGGCUACAAUAAUCAAACGACAAAUGACACUACCAUCAACGUGUUGCACAGAAAACUUAAGCAAGAUGGCUGCCGAGUAGUGUGUCUUGAAGGCGGGUAUGCCAACUUUCGGCAAUCGUUUCCGGAGUGGUGCGAGGAUGAAGUCAUCAACGCCAACCUGCAGUCGGGAUGUGCCGCCACCGAGCAACUGAUGGGAUUGAGAUCACUGCGUAUAUCGAUUCCGUUCUCGGAUUCGGCCUGCAGCAGCAGCACCGAGUCGUCCGACUGUGAAAGUACAACGAAUUACCACCACCUGUCGGAGCCGGUCAACGUCGAACCCGUUGAGAUCAUGUCCGGGCUCUUCCUCGGGAACGCCUCCCAUAGCGAGGACCUAAAGUCGCUGAAAAAGUACAACAUUAAGUAUAUUUUGAACGUUACACCCGAUUUGCCAAAUGUCUUCGAACGCGAUGGACACAUAAAGUAUCUGCAGAUUCCGAUCACCGACCAUUGGUCCCAAGAUUUGGCUGGUCAUUUUCCGAAUGCAAUAAAAUUUAUCGACGAAGCUCGUUCAAAAGGUGCUGGCGUGCUGGUUCACUGCCUGGCGGGAGUUUCGCGGUCGGUGACGGUGACGUUGGCGUACAUCAUGUUUACCCGGACGCUGAGCCUGAACGAUGCGUUCUCGCUGGUACGAGCCCGCAAACCAGACGUAUCUCCGAACUUCCACUUCAUGGAGCAACUGCACAGCUUCGAGCGCCAGCUGAACAUCGAUGCCAACCAGCGGGCCAAGCUGCUGUCCGGUGUUUGCUCUUCCGCUUCCACACCUUCCUCCUCGUCCGCCGUCAGUUGUGGUGGUGGGGCCUUUCCAUCGACCUCGUCCACCAGCUCAGGACUCGGUGGCUCAUCGCUGUCACGCCAUACUUCCGGUGAUCAACCGCCAGGUGGCAGUUUCGAUCGAGGACCAGGAUCUUCCGGACCGAGGACGCACAUGGGAAAGUACAGCUGCACCUGCUUCGAAGUCGAGUGCAAGUGUACUCAGGCUGCCAUCGAACUGCUCGGCCCAUUCAGUAGCGGUAUUUCGCCCGAUUCCGGUAUCGAGUUCGACCGAUGGACGCCAAGCAGUAAUACUCCCAAAUGAGAUUUUGCCGUAGAGAAAAGGUUCACUCUUCCAGAUCCGAUCCAAUAUCUGCCAACAGGUGACGCUGAUAGCAGCAGCGUAGCCAUUGAAGAAACUUCGUCGUCCUCAGGCCAGUCGCCAACAUCCUCUUCCGCCGACCAACACGAGCACUAAGUAGACACGAAGCCAUCAAGCAAGCAUAGAAGCAUCAUCGGAACUGAAAGGGUUGAUUUUUUCUCUACACCCAACAACCCCCCACAAAUAAACAAAAGCCAAUGUGUUUUCACGAACAAAUACCGGAAAAAAGAAGCACAUCCAAAACAAGCGCAAAAUCAGCUUCACACAAACACAAACCGUUUAAUGCAACAAAAAAGCAGAUUAUAGUGUUUAAUCUACACAUAUUACAAAACAUAUAUAUUUGACGUUGGAAAUUCCUCGAAGGAAUUUGUUUUUAUUUUUUCGCUUUUAUAGAAACAAGUGUUAUAACCACCAUCAUCAACCUUUUGGAACGAAUCGCCAUGACUCGUCGUUUUGUGUCUUUUUGAAACCGGACUUCCUCUAGCGUAACCUAUCAUCAGCCCUUAUUUGAGUGUUGAGUUUUAACAAAACACCGGCCCAUUAAACAUGUUUCUGACGUUUUUACUGUAUUCUCUUCAUAUUAUGCUUUCAAGCGCAUACCUUUUGGUUUCAAGGUAAGCCCAAACGUUUUCCAGCGAAAGAUGACUGCUGGCUCAUACUCGGUGUGUCUUUAAAAAAAUCGUAAAUGCUUAAAAUUGUAACUUGAAAGUCACUACGCAGUUAUAAUUUAUCAAUAAUUACAAUUCUGAUUCCGAAUUGUCCGAUUUGUUAGUGAAAUAAAUUGGUAAAUGAACAUAGGCACGAAUGCAGCCAUCAUACGCUGGAAAACGUUUGGACUUAUUUUUGAACCGAAAGGCAAGCGUUUAAAGCCGCAGUAGUACAUUGACAACACCGAAAAGGUGUUUUUCUAAAGUUUUUAAGCACUUAGAGCACCUGCAACGGUUCAGGCGUAAAUAUUGGUUUUAAGUAUACCAGUUUCAGCAAAAUUUGAAAUUUUAGAAUCGGCUAAAACACCCACUCCCCACCGGUGUAGGAACAAAUUUAAAACGGAAACACUUUCAUUGCAGACACUCAAUAAUUGAGAAGAAAAAACCCAUUUUAUUAGAAAAAUUGUAUACGUUUUGAGUUUCACGGUUAAUUGUCUUAAAAUUAACUCUACGAAUAUUCUUUUUGACAGAACAAUGAUUUCAACUAUUCUACCAGGAUUUCAUUAAUUUAAAAGCAAAAAUGACUACACAACGAGGAAAAAAGGUCAAUUGAAACAAUUCUUCAAUAAAUUCAAUCAAAUUGCUUUGAAUCAAUGGAAUAAGGUUUUGUUGAAAUGAAAUGAAAAAGCAAUUUUUUUUUCAAGUUAUUGCUGACAUUGAUAAAGGAAAUGAGAAAUAUUUAUUCCAAAGUCAAAGGAAAUUUUGUUUUUCGGUCCCGUCCAGCAGCGGACUAUUGAGCUGAGACCACAGAUUUGGUGAUGCUGAGUGAGUAAAUCAAAUCGCCAUGAAAAGGUCGCGCAAAUGAUUCGUUAAGGCCUUCUUGAUGGAACUCCCCGCUUUGUACAUGUAACUUUAAUAAAAAUCUCUCGAUGCUCCAAUUGGACACCAGCUAGCAACCACAUCCUCAAUUGUGAAUAACUCAAAUAAAUGGUUUAAGAAUAUUGAUUUAACAUGAUUCUUUUUUUUAUCGAUAACAUCCUGGAACUCCCUAGAAUGUAAUAUUUAUAAAACGUUCCAGUAACAGAAAAAUAAUAGAUUUUACAACCAUGCAUUUUAAGUGAAAUAAGAUUCCUAAGAUUUUUGCAAUUAUUAUUCACUUAUGAUGCAAUCAAAGUCUAUUGACUUUCUUGGCUGCUUUCAAUCAUAUCCGGUUCAGCAUACUUGUGUUUGGAAGCUGCCUCGGCGUGUAUUGACCGUACUACUGCUGAGGAUUGAUGAGAUCCGGAACUCGUUCUUGAUCCAUUUUUUUAUUGAGUGAAUGAAAAUUCACUGUUAUUUUUCCUGGAACAGAACACUUACUUACAUGCGGCACCUGUUCGAGUAACUGCUUCGUCGCAGGGAGUGGAAUGUUCCAAUUGAACAUUUUAACUCAGCCGAUUUGAGAUUGUCCAUCAGCUGGAUUCACUAAUUCGUCGAGCCCAAAUGAAAAGCUCAAAUGAUAUGGUUUUUAUUAACAUUUAUUCUCAAUUUAUGUUACGUAUAGGCUGGUUGAAGCGAAAAAAACAUUCAAAUAAUAUCUCAAAAAGAAACUAUUAUCACACCCAAUGUUACUCAAACAUGUGUGAAAGAAAUCAUUGUUGGCUAAAAUUUUCUCACCGUGAACUAAAUCGGUCUGUCGGGUCUGUCGUAUAUUUUGAAAUCCUGUUCCAAAUUUGCAUGAAUUUGGAACAAAGGCGUAUAACUGAUGGGAAUUUUGAAAUCGAUAACUGUGCUAAAACAGCAAUAUACGCCACCGGUGCCAGCCGAAAUGUUUUAGCGUGGUCGAAAACCGUGUUUUGCACCUACCGUUGGGACAGCCCUUACGCAUAAAAAGCAAGAGCCCAAGAGCUAGAGAGAAAAGGAAGUCCAAGAAUUUCCUUCGGUGCCGUCAGGUUUGAAAAAAUACACAAAUAUACGAAUCACAAACUUCCUCCAUUUUGAUCCGGGGAAAACCUGACACUCACACACAGAAAGCAAGCUAAAACAAUGAACUAAAUGCUAAUCUUAAUCAAUCUGGUCUUGUCGACAGAGAGACAAACAGAAACAUAACAUGUUGUAAUAAAUAAAAAAAAACAACAAACGCCCGAAAAACUAAACUUAGUGAACCACAAAGCAAAUUGAACUUUAACUUUAUGUCAUCAAGCCAAACGGUUGUCCGCUAUUAUAUUUAUAUUAAAUACAAUCGAACUGUGCGAGGCGAUGCAGUUUGCAGCAAACUAUGUAAUAUUAAAGUAAAACAGUGAAUUAAUGAGAGAAAAAAGAAAGAAAGUUAGAGAGCGAAUAAAAAAAACUAAGCAAAUAACACAAACUUUUGUGAAACAAACUACUAGAAAAGGCUUUUGAAUGAUAUAAGUAACACAACACAACCAAACAGAUACUAAACAAACGGACGAACAAAAGAAACAUUGAAUCUUUUAGAAGCCGAAACACAAACCUUGUAGAGGUUGUGAACUUUUUUGCCAAGUAGCAGCAUUUGCAGUACAUACCUACAUGCAUAAAUGAAUAUCUAACUUUAGCACGGUUUGUUUAGGGAAGCUCUUGGAAGGAAUUGUUUGCGAAGUGCGCGUAGCGGAUUGAACGGACAUUUGAACAGUUUUGCUCUGUAGUGGAUUUAGGUAAGGCAUAAGAUAUUGUAUGUUGGUGAUUGACCGUUUUUAUAUAUUGUGGUACAAUUGAUUGAUGAGAGAGAGCAUUGCGCAAUGGGAUGAAGAUGAUCGUUCGAUAAAGAAACGUUGAGAGAAAUGUGUUGUCAGAUGAUUACGGAGCAGUUAUUAAGUUUAUGUUACUUUUAAUUAAUAUAAACAAUCAAUAUAUAAAUUUCUUACGUACAUAAAUUAGAAGUGUGUUUACAGUGCGACGUACGUUUAAAUCCAGUUGAUUAGGUGUUUAUUGAUGAUUAAUACAACAAAAAAAAAACAAAUGCAAAUAGAGCAAACAUUACCCUUGACAAAACGAAAUGUAAUUUUACAACGUACGAAAAUGUUGGUUUAAUAACACACCGUGAAAAAAAACAACUUCAAAAUUCUAAUAUGAAUUCCAUUUAUAAUCAGUCCUUAAGAAUUAAACCAAGCAAAGUACAGUAAGUAAUGCAACUUCCACUGCAAAAAAUAAGCAGUUUGUGGAUGACAUAAAAAAAACACACAAAGAUAUCUUUUACAAACUACUAAUUAAUAACAGACAAAUUUUUACUUCCGCGAAAUCUUAACACAGAAAGACAGAGAAUUUUUUCACGAGGUGAAAGCAAAGAAAAAAAUAAACACAAAAACUCAACUCCCAAACAAACAAGGUGCAUUAGAUUGAAAUUUGGAAAAGAAUAAAGCAAACAAAAACGCUAUUCAGGACCUUUCGCGGAUCGCGGAAAAGCCAUGUCCUGAAGGAAUUUUCCCGCAUCUUUGCAAAGAAACGAAUUACAGCAUACAUACAAAAAUACCCAAAUACAUCUAUGUGGACAGCUAACAAACAACAGCAGCAACAAACAAAAAAAAAGUAUGGAAAUAUAUUUAAAAUAUUUAUGUCAAUAGUAA